UCCUCCUCUCUCUCUCUCUCUCAUCUCGUCGGGCAUUCCACCAUCUGCUUCGUCUUGCGAAUCUUAACUUCGACGCGACUGCGAAAAAGGGAAAGCGAAAACGAAAGAAAGAGCUUGCUCUUAUAUAAAAGAUGUUGCAAGAUAUGUGGAAUGCCCCUCCUGGGUUUAGACCCACCAAAUCCGCUCCCUCGUCGCCCGCCAAGCCGCUCGGGGUCUCGAGAACCCGGUCCGAGUCCUUCCACGUCACCCACAAGGUCCCGGUGGGCGACACGCCUUACGUCAGAGCCAAAAACGUCCAGUUGGUGGAUAAGGAUCCGGAGAAGGCGAUACCUCUGUUUUGGGCGGCGAUUAAUGCCGGAGAUAGAGUGGACAGUGCUCUCAAGGACAUGGCCAUUGUGAUGAAGCAACAGAACAGGGCUGAAGAAGCCAUCGAAGCUAUCAAAUCGCUGCGGAUCCGAUGUUCGGAUCAGGCUCAGGAGUCUCUCGAUAACAUUUUACUGGAUCUUUACAAGAGAUGCGGGAGAUUGGAUGAUCAAAUUGCACUUCUGAAGCAUAAAUUAUACUUGAUUCAGCAAGGGCUAGCCUUCAAUGGGAAGCGGACCAAAACUGCUCGGUCUCAGGGCAAAAAGUUUCAAGUCUCCGUGGAACAGGAAGCGACUCGGUUGCUGGGGAACUUGGGUUGGGCACUGAUGCAGCAGAACAACUACAUUGAAGCAGAAGAUGCAUACAGGAGAGCACUCAUAAUCGCACCAGACAACAACAAAAUGUGCAAUUUGGGCAUCUGCUUGAUGAAACAAGGCAGGAUAGCCGAAGCUAAGGAGACUUUGCGGCGGGUGAAACCGGCCAUGGUCGACGGGCCUCGAGGUGUUGAUUCGCACCUGAAAGCCUAUGAAAGGGCACAGCAGAUGCUCAAAGACCUCGAGUCCGAGAUGAUGAACCAGGGAGGAGACCGGGUCGAGCAGAGCAAGUUAUUCGAUGCAUUCCUCGGCUCAUCGUCGAUUUGGCAGCCUCAGCCUUGCAAGGAUCAUCAUGCUAAUGCGAGUAAAUCACAAGACGAUUUCGGGGAUGAGAAUAUUGACGCUAAUAUUAUCACGAACCAGUCGACAGGGUUGGGGCAGCAGAGAUACAUGAAAUCUCUAACAUUUAAUGGGAAUUUGAAUUCCCUCAACAAAGAUGCCCCGCCAUUUUAUUCGACGAAAGUCGUGAACGAAAAGGAGCCUUUUGGGGUUCAGUUCAAUAACAAUGAGACCCUCAAGAGGACGAGGUCCGGGAACGCAGCAAAUGGUAUGCGAUUCAGUGAAGCAGCGGCGGAGUCCACAAAGCCGCUCGUGGAGGGGCCAGAGAAAACAGAGAACAAGUCGAGAAGGCUGUCCGCCUCGCCCGAGGAGAAGUCAGAGAAUUUGAUGGAGUUGUUGCCUGACAAUGAUGACUUUGAAGAGGCUAUUCUUGCUGCAGUUCUGGGUCAGAGUAAGGAACCAGGAAAGACGGUAGAAACUGACAGCAGCAACAACAACAGCAACAGCACUUGGAAUGUCCCUAAGAAGAUAGACAAGAGGCUCAAGGUUUUUCAGGACAUUACACUCUCACUGAGUCCAAAAGCCUGAACAAAAAAGGGCUUGGCAUUCUUUUAACUAGUUUCAGUCAUAAUUUCUGAAUCUAAUAGUUUUAUAUAAUUUUAGGUUGGAGAUAAACUUGUUCUCCUAUUAAAUUUCAUUCCUUUAGUUGAGGAGAGGGGAAGAGUCUUGUAGUGUUGUAGCAAUGCAGAAGAAGUAGGGCAGAGUUCUAGUACUUCUCCCACUAAACCGUUCCCUGUUAAUUUGAUGUAAGCAGCCUAUCAAAUAAAUGGCACAAUUUAUUUAUGAAUAAUAAGAGAUGCAUUUCCUGAA